AUGGUUGAUGCUUCGACCGUUGCCGUAGGAGCAGUCCUCCAACAGCAUAUCAACAACUCGACACGACCGUUGGCAUUCUUCUCCAAGAAGCUUUCACCUGCCGAGACGAGAUAUAGCACGUUUGGCCGUGAACUUCUUGCCGUUCACCUAGCCGUAAAACAUUUCCGACACUUCCUUGAGGGUCGUGACUUCACCAUUUUCACAGACCACAAACCACUUACAUUUGCCAUCCGAUCCCAUUCUGACAAAUAUAGCCCGAGAGAGAUUUCUCAUUUGGAUUACAUCUCGCAAUUCACCACCGACAUCCGCCACAUUGAUGGCCCGAAGAAUGAGGUGGCUGAUAUGCUGUCCAGACCCUCACUGUCUUCCCUCCAACUCUCACACGGGAUCGAUCUUUGUGCCAUGGCGGCUGAGCAGCAGCGAGUCGGUUGUCCUGGCGACGAGUCUGUUAGUGGUCUCCAACUCAAAGACGUUCCUCUGACCACCGGCUCUGGUACCAUACUUUGUGACGUCUCAACUCCCUUUCAUCGCCCUUUUGUGCCCGCCUCGAUGCGUCGAGCUGUAUUUCAAACUAUACAUGGACUCUCCCACCCUGGGAUCCGAGCCUCUCAAAAGCUCCUCGCGGAAAGGUUUGUCUGGCCUGGCAUGAACAAGGACGUCAACGCUUGGGCUCGGUCGUGUCUGAGCUGCCAGCGCAACAAGGUGCAGCGUCACAACAAGUCCCCACCAGGCAUUUUCCCCAGUCCCGACGCACGGUUCAGCCAUGUGCACCUGGAUGUUGUAGGCCCCUUGCCUCCAUCCAAUGGUUUCACCUACCUCCUUACCUGUGCCGAUCGAUAUACUCGCUGGGCUGAAGCUAUUCCUUUGCCGAAUGUUCAGGCUGAAACCAUCGUGAAGGCCUUCGUCAGUCGUUGGGUCGCCAUGUUCGGUGCCCCAUCCACGGUUACGACUGAUCGUGGUGCCCAGUUUGAGUCGGCAUUCUUCCAAGCGCUACUCAAUUUCCUUGGCUGCACACGCAUUCGGACGACAGCCUACCACCCCGCUGCCAACGGUAUGGUGGAACGUUUCCAUCGCCAGCUAAAGACCGCCCUGCGUGCCGUAGAAGACCCAGGAAACUGGUCGGACAACCUUCCUCUUGCACUCCUCGGCAUCCUCGCAGCUCUGAAGUCGGAUCUGGGCUGUAGCGCAGCUGAAUUGGUUUUCGGCACUACCCUCCGACUGCCAGGCGAGAUGAUCACCCCAACCUCUCGUGGAGCCGAAGAGACUCCUGACAAUCUUGUGCACCGUUUGCGGCAAGUUAUGCGCUCGCUUUCCCCGGUUCCACCUAGAGCUCCAAUGACUGAGUCUUAUGUCGAAAAAGACUUGGACAAGUGUACUUAUGUGUUCGUCCGGUGUGACCGUGUGCGCCAGCCGCUGGAAUCACCAUAUGAAGGACCGUUCCGCGUGCUCGCGCGCAACACCAAGACCUUCCGGAUUCUUCGCAGUGACAAGGAGGACGUGGUCAGUGUCGAUCGGGUCAAGGCUGCUGUUGCGGAGGAGCCGCCGGACCUGUCACAAGGACAAACAUGUGCUGACCCCCUAACCCCUGUUCCUUCAUCUUCCCUAUCCCCUACUCGUUCACCCUGCCCACUGCCUUGCCCUUCCCCUCCCUUGCCCUCCACCCCUCCGUCCCGCAUACUUCCUCUCCCUACAUGUCAACAGCAUCCAACUGCAGCACCAUCGUCCACCACAGCACGCAGUCAACCCUCUUCGACUGUACCUCCUGCAUACAUAACUCGCAGUGGCCGUCACGUUCAUUUUCCCGAUCGUUUAGUUACCCAUUUUUUCUAG